AUGCCAGGGUUGAAAAACCGCACUACGUGGGCGCCACUUCUGCUGAAGACAUCCCAAAUCUCCUCCUGUGCCAAUGGCUGCUCGCUGGGCAUCACAGGUCAUCUCACAUAUGUGAACACUGACCCCGAACCUGUGGAGGGUGUGUUUGUGUAUCCUCUGGGGGAGAAGGAGGUUGUGGUGGGUUUUGAGGCAGUGGUGUCUGGCAGGUUGGUCAGUGUGGAGCUCCAGAGUCGUGGGAAGCUGGAGGACUGCUGUUUGGACUGCUGCCCUGGUUCGGUGCUGCAUAGCCAGUGUGGUCACAGUAAGGAGUGGGGAUGCUGUGGAGGAACAGGACUGGACAUACAGUGCUCCAACGGUCAUCUGUUGCUAGACGAGGACCUGGAGAGGAGUACAUUCAUUGUGAGCACGGGCCAAAUUGGACCUCUAGAAAUCGUGUCCGUUGUCAUCAGCACUACCCUUGAACUUCCUACACUUGAAAAUGGUGCAAUCCGUCUGGUGUACCCAACAGUGCUCACACCAGUAGUAAGAGCAAGGGUCCAGCCUGGAAAAAGUGAAAAUGGCACAAAAUCAGAGGAGAACAGCCCGACGAUGUGUUUUGGCAGUGUGUCUGGCAAGCAGGAGAGGAUGCUGGGAGUCGGGCAGCAGUGCACACACGCUUUGCUCAACAGCUCUGCCACAAACCUCUCGCCUUAUCAGCUCAGCUUCCAGCUGCUGGUUCGAGGAGCCUGUCUGCUGGCUGGUCUGGAAAGUCCCACUCAUGCCCUGCGUGCGGAUGCUGAUCCCAGUGCACAGUCUGCAUCUGCAACCUACAUCACAUUGGCCGAGGAACAUCAGUGUGACCGACAUCUGGAAAUAAUACUACACCUUAGUGAGUCUCACAGCCCGUUGGUCAUCCUGGAAAAGGGCCGGCUCACCUUUAGCGAAUAUGAGCAGCAGAUCCGGGCUCGGCGGGAUUUCAUUCGCUGUGCCCGAAAGGAGGUGGAGUCUGAGAAGAGACUGGAGUUUGUACGGAGACGCUAUCAUAAGGACCUGCUCUUGAACCCCGUCCUGAUGUUAAACUUCUGCCCUGAUCUGCUGUCCGAACCAACAGAACUGCAGCAGGCCAGCAGAGAGCUCAUCUUCCUGAUUGACAACAGCAACACAAUGACACAGCACAACAUCAACAGGAUCAAGGAGGGGAUGUUGGUGGCCAUCAAGAGUCUGCCGACCCGCACCAUGUUGAACAUCGCUGGCAUUUGCUCUACAGUCAGACCUCUUUUUAACUCCAGCAAGACUUGCACAGAUGUCACCGUGACUCAGGCACUGGAGUUCAUCCAGAAGCUGCGAUCAGAUCAUGGAGCUGUUAACCUGUGGUCUGCUCUGUCCUGGGUUUAUCGACAGCCCGUCCACCGCAGCUGCCCACGACAGCUCUUCAUCAUCAUGGAUGGAAACCUCAGUAAUGUCGGACGUGUGAUAGAGCUGGUCAGAAGGAACGCCUGUAACGUCAGGUGUUUUGGUUUGGGUCUCGGUCCUCAGGCAUGUCGGAGGCUCCUGCAGGGCAUUGCGAAGGUCACAGGAGGAAGCACAGAGUUUCUCAGUGAGGAAGACAGGCUUCAGCCGAAGUUGAUUAAAUGUCUGAAGAAAGCUCUGGAGCCAGUGUUGAUGGAUGUACGGAUUGACUGGUAUGUGCCGGACAACGUCGAGGCCCUUCUGUCACCCAAUGAAAUCCCGCCGCUCUACCCUGGAAACUGUCUGAUUGGCUACUGCACUCUCUAUGAUGUGUCCGGAUUGAAAGCGCAGAAGAGUGAGCAGGUGAAGCCACGUGUACACAGAAGUCGUGCUGGUGGUUCAGCAGGAUCAGUUUUCGAGGUUUCUCCAUCCACCUCUGAACUCCUCCAGCCUCUGGUUCCAGCCGAGGAGCGAGAGAGAGAUGCUGUGAAAGAGUGUGGGGUUGAGGGAGACUUUGAGGAGGCCUUGAGGGAGAUUUCUAGAGAAAUCUCAUCUGAAUUCUCCUGUGCACAAGCCACUGAUAAUCCGGUCAGUACAGGCGGCGACACUGACUACAGCCCCAGUGAUGUGCGCUGGCGUAUUCAGCAGGAAUCAUAUGUUCAGGAUCAGUAUGUGCUCACUCACUGUUCUCUGAGCAGUGAUAAGGUCUUCUCGUCUGUUUCUCCCCAAGCGGAGAGCUCUGUACUGGGCAUGGGUUCACUGCCGCAUGGCCUGGAAAAAGUAGAGCCCACACAGAGCAGAGGCCUCUCGCGCUGGGAAUCUCCGUGGACUCAGAACAACACCUCUUCAGGAGACACAGAUCCGCCAUCAGUGAAGGCGGGGAAGCUUUUGGAUGAGUCUCGUCGAAGACAGAAGGCUUUGGCUCGCUCUGCUUUGGCGGGCCGGAGUUUCUCUUCUCCACAGGGUGACCUGGACAUGCACCGCCUGAGGAGGGCGCUAGAGAGGGUCUCAUUUGAGCAGGCUGUUGGGGGACGCCUGGAGGAGAGUGACACAGAAACACACAGCACUUCACGAGGAGGACUUUACAGACCCAGUCUCACAGACUCCAAUGGCCUCCUGUUUCCAGCUUCCCCACUAGACUGGGACACGUUCACCGACCCUGAAGGUCUGUUUUCAGCUGCUCCUCCAGGCGAGGCCCAGGCUUCAGGGGCUCAGUGUCGCUCAGUCAUUCAUGGAAUGCUCGGAGGAAGGCCUGUAUCCUGGGAGGUCAGUGUGGAUCUUUCUGUUUUGUGGGACACAGAGAGCUCAGCAAUCCUGCCAAACAGCACUGGACCCUGGGAUGAGAUUAUUCACCAGCUGACCGCACGAUCUGUUAUUAGAGACUUUGAAAACAUGGCGGAGAAAGAAACAGACUCUGAAGUUGAGAGAGGUCCAUUCAAGCGGUACAGAAUGAAAGCGAUCCAGACCAGUAAAAGCUGUGGAAUUGUCUGCAUGUACACAAGCUUCACUUCCACAGACACCAAUCUGAGAAAUCAAGCUCAAAGCAGAGACACACGACAAACAGGUGUGUGGUUUGCGACCAGACACAGCAGACGACAGAAAUUGUGUUCAGUGGGACUUGGACGCCCCUCCAGCAGAGGCAGUGAAGAGACAGAAGAUACACACACAUCUACAGACAGAGACGACACACCUGCAUCCCCUUGUAGCAUGACAUCUUGGGACAGCAGCACAGGAGGAAGUAUCAGCCCAUCAGCAGUGUCUUCUCGAUCUCAGCGAUCUAUGGAGAGCUUUUUUGGUUCCAAGUUCAAUCUGGGAAGACUGAAGGGCAAUAAUGGAAAACAAGCUCCCCUUAAACCUCACUGUCUUUCUGCAGAAACUGAGAGACACUUAGACACAGACAUGCCGGACUACUUGCCAUUGGUGCGCCUACAGCUUGCAUCAGGUGCAUUUCUGCUGUCCGAAUCAUAUUCCGAGUGCAUCCAGAUUCCCCUGGACCGCCUGAAAAGAGCGUCCCCAUACCUGAGCCACCGCAGCAGUCUGAGCCCACCUUUCCGUUGUACCUCACCACCCGCCUCCACCUCAGUGAGGCACAUGCAAGACUCGUGGUCUGACCCCUUGGAAGAAGGGUCUCCAAAACUGAUGGGUGGAGCCCCGCAGGCUGACAGUGGGCGAGGCUCUGAGACUGACAUGUGUGAAGGUGCGCCACUGGAUCCCGCAGAGGCUCAUGGAGACGAACAGGCCCAGAUGGACAUAGAGAGCUCAAGCUGGGCCACGGCGGUGGCUCUGGCCUGGCUUGAACACCGCUGUGCGGGAUUUUUCGUGGAGUGGGAACUAGUGGCAGCCAAGGCAGAUUUCUGGCUGAAGAGUCAAUCUCUACCUGAAGGUGUCGACUUGGCAGGUUUGAGGGCAGCAGCCAGGCAGCUCUUCCUGCUUUUGCGUCACUGGGAUGAAAAUAUCAAACUCAAUGUGCUCUGCUACAACCCCAAUAACAUGUGAGGAACUGCUAGUAAAGCCUUAAAGAUGAAGUUCAUAAGUCUUUGAUUACACCCAAGAAAAUGCAUCCAUUUUGACUGCUUAACUUCUUUAUAGCGAACACUGAACAGAAUUCAUCCAAGACAGGUGGGUCCAAUCCUGCUCCUGUAGGGUCAACAUCUUAAAGCAGGGGUGUCCAAACUCAGUUCUCGGGUCUUAAAUUGGAGUCGCUAAACUUAGCAGGUCAGCUGUCCAUUAGGAACAGGUUUGGACAACACAGAACUAAGGGAGUCUCAAUCAGCUUUCUUGUUCAGUAGUCGGAGAACUGAUUUUUUUAUAUAUAAGGAGCGUCUCAAUCGCAAAACUCAUCCAGUGCACUGAAAUAUUUGUGCCC